AUGGCAGCAGGAGAACCCAUUUUGUAUAGUCUCUACGUUUAUGCCCCGAACAAAGGGGCGCCUAUCUUCUUCACCAUCGCCUUUGCCAUCUCUGCCAUCUUCCACAUAUGGCAAUGCUACCGCUACAAAGCCUUCAAGUUGAUCGGGCUCCACCCGGUCUGCGCAGUCUUGUUCACCGUCGGCUACGCACUCCGUGAAUACGGCGCAUUGGACAACUACUUGUACAGCACCACGACCAAAACGCCUUUGAUCAUCUUCAUCGUCAGCCAGAUCUUCAUAUACAUUUGCCCCCCGCUUCUCGAACUCGCCAACUACCACGUCCUCGCCCGAGUAUUCUACUACGUCCCCUACUGCUCCCCCCUACCCCCGGGUCGCGUCCUAGCAAUCUUUGGCGGGUCGAUGGUGGCGGUCGAACUCCUCAACUCACUCGGCGUCUCCUUCGCCGCGAACCCCGCCUCAUCACCCGAACAACAAACGCUCGGCAGCCACCUCACCAUCGCCGCCGUCGCCCUCCAGCUCGCCAUCAUCCUCAUCUUCUUCAUCCUCGCAGGGCUGUUCCACCGCCGUCUCAGCAAAGCCAGCAUCCACGCCCAACCCGUCAAGGCGAUGCUAACCACGCUCUACACGAGCAUGGCCCUCAUCUUCGCGCGCUGCGUCUACCGGCUGGUCGAGCACGCGGGCAACACCAAGGUGGAGCUGACCAGCCUGGCGGCGCUGCGCAGCCUGAGCCCGCUGCUGCGGCACGAGGCCUUCUUCUACGUCUUCGAGGCCUCGCUGAUGCUGCUCAACUCGGCGCUGUGGAACGUCUGGCACCCGGGCCGGUUCCUGCCGCAUGAUAACCUUACUUACUUGGCGCGGGAUGGGAGCGGGGAGGUGCGGAGGGAGGAGACGCCGGAUGGGAGGACGCUCGCGGCCAAGGUGGGGAAUGUGGUCACGCUGGGGGCGCUGUUUCGGAGGAAGGAGCUGCCGGAGGGGUUUCUUGAGCUGGAUAGGUACUCGGAGAGAGGGGAGUCGCGGCGGGGGGUUUUGGAGGGGGGUGCUUGAUACCGUGAUGCACCUACCCAGGGCAUGAUGGGGAGUGAUGGUGAUUUUUGAUAUCUUCUUGCAUAGGGAUUAAUUACUUUAAUGGCGUAGUAUUGUUGUCUGAGAGGAAUCAGC